AUGGCGUGGGUGCUUCGUUGCGCAGGACUCUUAAUGAUAUGCUGCUUAUCUACAGAGGCAUCUGAGGGCGGAAAAGACAAGCGCUUCAAUCAGUCUGCUCGUGUGAAUGGAACGGGCUUUGCGAUCGCCGCAGAGUCCAAGCAGCUGCUAAGCAGCAAGGCUUUGAGAGGCACCAAGAAGGACUCAGAGGAGAUUCCGGACCCGAAUGAGGAGGAACCGAUCCCAUUACCAAGCAUUCACUUCAUUGCUGAGUACAUUGACAUGGCAUCCAAGCAAAUCAACACGGAGCUAGCUUACAUUCCAGCGCGUCCCUACCUCAACAUCAUCACAAACUCCUCGCCCAUACAGCUCCAGAUGGCUGGCAUUGCGGCAUGGGCAUAUGACCUCGAGUACUUUAAGAUGGCAUACCCCGACGGCUGGGCAGGUGGGUGGAAGGUGGUGGCCGAGUACAUCAACACGACUCAGUCUUUGCUGGUUGAUGGCCAUGAUGUGGUGGCCCUCCUGGCCAAAGGCAAGAACUGUGCCAUUACCUUCUCAGGGACCCAUGGGCUGGCAGACUGGUCGACCAAUCUCAACAUCCAGCAGGCAAGCCUCCCACAAUGUGGGCUCUUUGGAGUGCACGAGGGGUUCUUGGAGGCAUUCUUGCAGUUCAUGCUCAAUGAUGACUGGAGCGAUUCCUUCGAACCGUAUCUUGCAGAGAACUGCUCGGAAGGAAUCCACGUCACUGGUCAUUCGCAAGGUGCUGCUGUUGCGGCAGUCUUUGCGGCGUGCAUGAACGCUGCCGGCACCAACCUGACUCUGCCGGACCUCUGGCGUUUUGGCAAGCUCGUUCAUGCUGGGCGCACGGUCCGGACGCGAGUCAACGUGACGGACUUGCAUGGCUUGGGCGGUCCUGGCAUUUCGACAACGCAGUUGUGGAAUUAUCAGCGCCCGGAUGGGGUAUUUCCUGGGUCACGGUUCUUCAACCAGGACUACAUGUCCUUUGACCCUGUACCUUGGCUCACCUAUGCGUUCAGAUAUACGCAUCCCAGGGCGAGAACGGUCAAGAUGUCCGACAGGCCACAAAAUUUCGGCGCCAUGACAGAGGAAUCCAUGUUCGAGCCGACCAUUGUGUCUUUUGUCCCGGACAUAAUGUUCCACCUGCCUCCAGAAUACCUUCGACGCAUCGUGAUGGCAAUUAGAAGCGUGUCCGUGAAGGUGGUUCAGGCGCGGGGCCUUCCAACCCGUUCCGCCCGCCCGCUGCUCGGCGACAAGCCUAGCAUCUACGCCACCAUCGAAGCCAGCAACCGGAAAUGGCGGACGACUCCUCGCACCUCGAAGAAGAAGAACAUGGCAUCGCCGGCCUGGGGCGAGACGUUACACCUUGAAGAGUACGAGCCCGGGGAUGAGCUUGAGGUCAAAGUGUGGGAUGCAGUGUGGCCUUGGGGAGUGGACAAGGCGGUCGGCACGGUGAAGUUGAACAGCAAAGCUUUUGAACCUCAUGGUUUCGAUGGAUGGGUCUCUACGGAGUCUGGAAUUCGUCUGAAGGUCAGCGUUGUUAUCUCAUAUCGCGACAUGGACGGCAUCUGA